AUGAAACUUGGAAACCAAGCAACGCUUUCUCCUUCUUCUACUAAUAGCUCACGAACUAAAUUUUCACUAUCCGCUUCCCCAUAUUCAAGAAACAACAAGUAUCUCUCAACAAUUAAAAAACGCCUGGAAUCCUUUAAGGAUUCUUAUCUAAUGCAUUUAGACAGCAAAUCGAUUUCUCGAAGUCCACUUUCUAAAAGAGGAGCUCUGAUUAUUAGAAAAGAUUUAAAAUUGCCUGAAGAAAUCAUUACAUUGCAUUAAGAUUUAUAUCUUGCGUUUAACAUCUACUACCACAUGACCUGCACGGGCUUCUAUCCCUGAUUGGGGUUACUCUAUUCACUGCAGCGUCGUGCACUACAUAGCUUCACCUCUGAAUAUUCCCUCAGCUUUGAACGUUCGGAUUUUGACGGCUAUCCCUCAAGCUCUUGGGUUGCACAAAAUCCCAAAAAAUGGAAUUUUUGGCUCUGCCACAAAAAGGUCUAAAUCAGAGUCCAAGGCGUAACUCCUGAUUUCCCAUUGGAGAGUUAUCCGAAUGGUCAAAAGGCAUUGCUGGGCUCCCCUUUCCAAACAAAACCCUUUUCUUUCCCUCUAGGUAAAAUCCAAUUCUGAAAAAGGACUUGAGCUAGGCUUCAAACUUUACCGGAAUUGCUUACCUAGCAUUGCUGUCCAUUUUUGGUUGGCAAACCUUGCCGGAUAUAAUUAAAUAUGUACUCGAGGCUGCAUUGCCAGAGCCCAUGCCCGCCAUAUUUAAUUGCUGAAGAAACCCAAAAAAAUAUUUUCUGAGAAAAGAAAUUCCCCUGAAUCACGAAAUUUAGCUCAAAUUGCAGGGAUAAAAAACAAAAAGCCGCUAAAAAUUCAUUUAAGAAGUCCACAAACUCCGUUUAAAGAUGAAAGCAUUCAAAAGCAAUACGAAGAAAUAGAGUUGCUAUUUAGGAAGCACCACCAGAACCUGACUCCUGCCAAUUAA